CAAAAGAUAUGAAGCCCAUUUCACUCGCUGUGGCUGUUUUGGUGGUGGUUUCCCUCUGUUCCUUCCAAGCACAGGGAGACAAUGAACUGAUCACCAAAGCCUGCAGCAGAACCGUUUACAACCACCUGUGCAAAGCAAUCUUACAAGCAGCACCAAAUAGCAAUGACGCAGAUCUCUAUGGAUUAACAAAAAUCGCAUUGAGCAUUGCAGCACAGAAUGUUAGCAACAUAUAUCAAACCAUAGACAAGCUUCAAAACGACUCAUCCGUAGACACUUUCGUGGAUGAAUGCUUGACGGACUGCUUGGAGAAUUAUCAAGAUGCUACUGACCAAAUCGAAGAUUCUGUCACUGCUUUGGAAUUCAAAGCCUUUAACGAUGUCAGGACAUGGGUUGCUGCUGCCAUGAGCGAUGUAGCUACCUGCGACCUGGGCUUCAAAGACAAGCCUGGCUAUCAAUCUCCUGUUCACCAAAUGAGUGCCGUUUUUGAUCAGAUCUGCAGCAUUGUCUUGACCUUUAAUCACUGUUUAAUUGAAGGGAAUGUUCACCUCACCAGCUAAACAUGGUUUGGUUGUUGUUUGUUUGUUUGUUUGUU